GUUGUAUCCCCAUGUAUAUGGUAAACCCGCAUGAUCCCUAAAUAAUUAAACUGUUUCAAUUUUAGACUUCGUUCGAAUAUAACUGAAAUCAUCGAAGUACAAAGUUGUGGCUUUGUCUCCCAUAAAGUGGCGCUCUCUAUUCAUAGGGCUCCCCCUACCGGUGAUGUGACGGCACUGCUAGCUUUGCUGCAGCCACCCCUGAAUAACUCAUGAUCAGGAUUACAUUUUGAUUAUUUUUAUUCACAUCUAAGUAGUAGGACGAAAGCAUGGAGGACAUUCACACCCAAGGCAUCUGGAUGGCUGAAAGUCUCCAGAAGAGGACGAUGAGCCAAGAAAAAAUAUGGCUGGUUAUCACUCAUAUUGGAGAUCCCAAAGCAGCCUUUCUGCUCGUCUUUCCUUUCGCAUAUUUCUUCAGCAAACGAGCUGGAGUAGCUGUGCUUUGGGUAGCAGCUAUAUCGGAGUGGUUAAACUUGGUGUUUAAAUGGAUGCUGUUUGGAGAAAGGCCAUUCUGGUGGAUAGGGGAAUCACGUCUGUUUGUCAACAGAGAACCAAACGUUCUCCAGUUUUCCUCAACAUGUGAAACAGGCCCAGGGAGUCCGUCGGGACAUGCAAUGGUGACGGCAGCAGUCUGGUGGGUCGUGGUGUCCACACUGGGGUCCUUCCUGUACUCACGGACUCACAGUGUGGUGUUAUCGGCUGCUCCCUACCUGCUGUAUGUGGUGAUGCUGGUGGCCGUUGGAAUGUCCAGGAUCUUCAUCCUCGCCCACUUCCCUCACCAGGUCAUCGCUGGCUCCAUCACAGGCUUCAUUCUGGGGGUGGUCCUGAGUCGCAGAGUACCUGAAGGUCGCCCCCUGCUGUUCUUCUUCAGCUUCAGCAUGGGCCUGCUGCUCGGCACUCUGUUGCUGCAUGCUGGACUGCAGCAGCUGGGAUUGGACCUCUCCUGGUCUAUUACUUUGGCUAAGAAGUGGUGCAGCCGUGCAGAGUGGAUCCGUUUGGACACGGCCCCGUUCUCCUCUCUGACUCGAGACUGCGGGGCCCUCCUGGGUUUGGGGCUGGCCCAGUACUGGAAGCCUGGAGGGUGGUCUCUGCCCUGGGCCCCCCGGGCUCUGUCUCUAGCCAUUUCCUCUAUGGGACUGUACCACGUCAACCGUCUGCCCCUCCCGGUGCGACCUCAAGGCCUCUUCUAUAGCCUGUUCUUCAUCAAAUUCGUCAUUGUGCCUCAGGUUGUCAUAGUGCUGGUGCCCGGACUGGUUUACCUUUUCACGCACAAAAAGAAGAAGGACUAGAAACUACAAUAAGGACUUUAGAUUCUAGGUUUCUGGAGGCACCUUUAAUGUCUGUCUAUUUUCAAAUUCAUGGUUGUGUUAGAUACUCCAAAUUAGUUUUUGUUCUCUUAUAAUUCACAUGGCAUGAGUCUUCAGGUUGUUACUUCAUGCUCCUUCAUUCUUGGCUUUCAUUUUACUGAAUUCUUGGGGUUGAAUCUGAUUUGAAUUCUCUUCACAUUUGCAGUGAAUACAGCAAUAAUAAGUGUUGAUAAGGUGGUAUUAGGCCUCAAAUAAAAUGUUACCUGACUUUGAAACCUAAUUUGGCGGGGUCUGGCUCUUGAUGGUUACCAGGCUGUAGAAAAACCUCUUGUUGAUCCUUUGCACUUAAAGAUUAGGCCAAGGAAAAUAUCUGGUGAAUCAGAAAAUGUUUUUCUUCGUGAAAGUCAGGACCAUUGUUCAUGAAAAUACUAGACAUGGUUAAAACAGCCAAGAAACUUCAAACCUACAAUCAUUGAGACUUUACAAUCUUCAAGAACAUUUAGAAAUGGUUAAUGUUACCUAAGAAAGGUCAAAAGGGUUUAUCAAUGCAUUCCUAUAACAAUGCAGCAGAAUCUGAAAUACCUUCUUUGUUUAUUCUACACUCUCCGUCCCUGUCAAACCAUAGACUGUAUAUAUAGUCAAAACCUGGUGCAUAUAUUACCCACAAUGCAAUUCAACCACCAACAGUUUGCUUCAGACAUUCAGGUGUGCUAUGCUAGCAACGGCAAAUAUAGCCUCAAGCCAUUAGCCUACGUCACUUGAGGGAGUUAAUCAUAUUUUGCGCGGCUCUGUUGAUAGUGAACAGACUUUGAUGUGUAAAAUAAGUACACCUAAAUGUUUGAAAGUCCACAAUGUUAGGUAUAAGGUAACAUUCUGUGCACAAUUAAACAUUAAGACUUAAAUUGAUCAUAUCUAGGGGAAAAACACCAUAUUUGGGCCAAAAAGGUGCUGCUACUUUGGUUGAAAGGUCAAAGAUGAUUGAACACUAUAAGACAUGUAUCUCUGGGAGUCACAUUGCACAGGUUGGUACUCUGUCGUCACACUGCUGUUACAUUUAGUUUUGUGGACCAAAAUCCACCAAAUUAUCCGUGUAUGUAAUAUACAAUUAUUCAGUAAAAUAAACGACUGACAUGCAG